CAACAACAACAACCCCAACCAACCUAAUUUCCAGGCCUUCAUACUGCCUUCUUCAGGAAGGGGAGUAGGUGAAGGAUUUAGAAUCCACCUCCUCCCGCCAGUUGCCAUGGAGACAAACCUCAGUCUUUUCAUUCCUUCUGGUACUGGGAAUGAAGUCUUAGCACAAAGGAAGAGACGGUGCUUGUACUGUGUGGACUGUAGUGUGGCUCCUACUGCAGCUAUAGAACCAGACCGGGGGACAAAGGCUAAGUUUUUCCAUGGUUUGGCUUGGAUAUUGGAGGAACCUUGGUCAAGCUGGUUUAUUUUGAACCUAAAGACAUCACUGCUGAAGAAGAAAAGGAGGAAGUGGAGAGUCUGAAAAGCAUCCGGAAGUACCUGACCUCCAAUGUGGCUUACGGAUCCACAGGCAUUCGGGACGUGCACCUUGAGCUGAAGGACCUGACUCUGUGUGGACGCAAAGGCAAUCUGCACUUUAUACGCUUUCCCACCCAUGACAUGCCUGCUUUUAUUCAGAUGGGCAGAGAUAAAAACUUCUCAAGUCUCCACACUGUCUUUUGUGCCACUGGAGGUGGAUCAUACAAAUUUGAGCAGGAUUUUCUCACAAUAGGUGACCUUCAGCUUCGAAAACUGGAUGAACUAGAUUGCUUAAUAAAAGGAAUUUUAUACAUUGACUCAGUUGGAUUCAAUGGACGGUCACAGUGCUAUUAUUUUGAAAACCCUGCUGAUUCUGAAAAAUGUCAGAAGUUACCAUUUGAUUUAAAAAAUCCAUAUCCUCUGCUUCUGGUGAACAUCGGCUCAGGGGUUAGCAUCUUAGCAGUGUAUUCCAAAGAUAAUUAUAAGAGGGUCACAGGCACCAGUCUUGGAGGAGGAACUUUCUUUGGUCUCUGCUGUCUUCUUACUGGCUGUAGUACUUUUGAAGAAGCUCUUGAGAUGGCGUCUCGUGGAGAUAGCACCAAAGUGGACAAAUUAGUUCGAGACAUUUAUGGAGGAGACUAUGAGAGGUUUGGCUUGCCAGGCUGGGCUGUGGCUUCAAGUUUUGGAAACAUGAUGAGCAAGGAGAAGAGAGAGGCGGCCAGUAAGGAGGAUCUUGCCAGAGCAACUUUGAUCACCAUCACCAACAACAUUGGCUCCAUAGCAAGAAUGUGUGCCCUUAAUGAAAACAUUAACCAGGUCGUAUUUGUCGGCAAUUUCCUGAGAGUCAACACGAUUGCUAUGCGGCUUCUGGCGUAUGCGCUGGAUUACUGGUCCAAGGGGCAGCUGAAAGCACUGUUUUCCGAGCACGAGGGUUAUUUUGGAGCCGUUGGAGCACUCCUUGAGCUGUUGAAGAUACCCUGACUUACCGAGAGGACUUCCUGAAACCUGCCACAGAGACAUCUGUGGAUUUUUUGUUUUGUUAAGAGACUCAAGUUUUAUGAUCGUGUACUACUCAAAUCAGAGCAAGAAACAAAUAUAUUUUUCUAAGACAUCAAGAUAAAUUCUUAAAAUUUUGUCUAAGGACACCACCACCACCACCCCCGUCUAGGCAGUAUGAAGAUUUGCUGUUUGUAAGGUAUUCUCAGGGCAGCGUUAUUAACCCCUGAGGUGCUUUGGAAUCCCAGCAUCACCCACUUGGGUAUAUGUGGAGCUUUCUGGACUCCCACCAGCAGCUGACUGCUUGUCCUGUUGAAAUGUAUGUGAGAAUCUAACCACUUUCAUCACUAUGCCUUGGAGGUCAUCUUUCUUUGCGCGCUGGAUCAUGUUUAGCCUAUGUUAACAUACUGAAAAUGGGUUAUUUCAAGCUUCUGAAAACUUGGCAGGAUUGUUCUGCAUCUGAUGUUAAGAGAUGGCCUGCAUUGUAGCUGAAGGCAAGGGUGGGCCUGUCCACAGCAGCCUUGGAGCUGGAAUGGAGACCUCGAGCUCUGGCUGGGAAGGAUUCUGCCGUUCAGCCAUGGGUUCUGGUGCCAGCUCUGGGGCAACAGAAGGCUCUUGUUGGUUUGGACCAUGGGAACUCAGGAUUGGAUUUGGCUGGCUAGCCUCCUUGAUGGUUCUCAGUUCCCACAGGGAUAUAGUUGGCUUUUAUUACAUACUUUGGCCCAUUAGGACUAAGGGUUCCAUUGUGCUGGGGUCUCAGGCAGCACAGUACACAGGGUGUUGCAGGGAUGGUAGUCCUUCCCUCCUGCUAAUCCCUGCUUUGCUUCUGAGAGAUCCUCAAAACUCUCCACUUUUAUCAGAAAGUUUCUCCAUCUGUGGCAGGGCUGUGUUCUUCCUGCCAUCCCUCAGGUGACUCCUAUUUGACAGUUGUGACCAGUGCUUUGUAUUCAUGGUUCUGUCUUCCUACAUUGAAGCUCCUACAGUGUUAGAAGAGCAAGCCUCAGGAUCACAAGAUCCCAACAGGAUGUGUGGUGCUGUUCUGCACCCACACCAUCUUUCCUCAGUUGUGCUCAGCCCAGUGUCAUUCUUGGGAUGGGUUCUAUUUCCUUUAAAUAGUGUCUCAGAUGGUGAGGGCUAACCUCAAACUCGACAGUAAUACUGUAUAGCUGAGACUGGCCUUUGAACUGCAGAUCCUGUUGCCUUCACCUCCGAAGUGCUGAAUUAUAGGUGUGCGCCACUAGUAAACUCCAUAAAUACAAAGGGUUGUUUCAGAGCCUCAUCUUAUCCAGUUCUCACCUGCUUCCCUGGCUGCUGUCUCACUCUGACAGUUCCACUUUCAAGCUCAACUGUGAGUCUCUCCAAGCUGUCUUCCUGUUGAUUCCAGCACUAUUGGCAGAAAUACACACAUUCCACCUCACAGCCACUUCUGAACUGGGAGCCACUUGCAGUGUCUGUUAGAACCAUCUUGUCUUUUCUUAGCUGUCCAAUCCAGGUCAUUGUUUUGAUAGCCUAAAGCCCCACUUCACUUCUCCCACUCAGAAAGGAAGGUUUGUGGCCCUGGAGCACAAAGUAGCUUGAACUAAGAUGGGAGGAGGCUGGCCUAUGCCAAGAGGUAAUGUUUUGUGGGUAUCAGUGGCUGGGUCUAGGAGGUGCUUGAAGAUACCUAGUUUGGCUUUAGAAUGCCUGGUUUUGAGAACCCCCAAAGCACGGGUCAUUUGGGUCAGAGACAAAAGC